GCCCGGGCACAGCAGAGCCGAUCCCUUAAUGCGCUUGCGGAGCAGAUGGAGGCACUGCCUGCCCUGCCCUGCUCUCCCUGGGAAGGGCUGGGGCCGCUCCGCGGGGCGAGGAGACAAGCGGGGUUUGAACACGCCGGUUCCGGGAGGUGCGGGGUGCUGGAUCCCAACGCUUCAGGAUUUUUGCAGUGAUAACGUGACAAAACAUAAAAAAUAUUUUUCUUUUUUUUUUUUCUUUUUUUUUGUUGGAAUGUCAGAGCUUAUUAAAAUACCCCUGAGUUGAAAAGUAAUACUCUAAUUAUAUUUAUAAAGAAACUGGCUGAUGAAUUUAUUUUUUUGCUUAGAACAAAAUGAAGCUUUUGUGAUGCUAACCUGGUUUCAAUAACUUCUCUGACUUGUGUAAGCUUUAAAAAUGCUUAAAAAAUGUUAACUGCACACAGCUGCAAGCUGACAAAUAGUACUGGAAAUAUAAGCUGUGCAGAAUUCCUGUCAUUUCACAGUAAGUUAUAGAAAUGGCAUAAAUAUUUAUGCACCACAUCUCUACUGACUUAUUUUUAGAGUGGUUAUGGAACUAGGAGGCAGAGAAGGUUCUGUUUGCUUGUAAAUAAAGGCAUUUUUAGAGCUGCAUAGCAAUCAAGGAAGAACUACACUUUACAAAAUAGUUAAUUUUUUUCUUUUGGUAAAUCCUUUUGAUCAUAUUUCCUCUUAUAAACAUAUUGAUUACAGGGCAGACUUGGGAAUUUUUACAGACUUUAAAUAGGACCCUUAGGAUAUAAAUUAAUAUGCAAUAAGAUUAUUCUAUGUACUUCUACAUUAACAUUUGUAUACAGGUAUCUCUAUUUGUGUUACUUUACCAUUCCUUAGACUUAAUUAGGAGAAAGCAAUAUUAAGAACCUUGUUCCCCUUCCUUCCAGCAGAAAAAAUUUAAAAACAUCUCUUCUAGGAUGGCUUUGACUUGGAUUCAAAUACCAACAGAGAGCAGGCCUCCCCUCCAAAGAGAGACUGUGACAAAUGGAUAGACUUUUCCAAAAUGUACAAUUCAAAUCAAGAGUAUUACUUAAAGCUGGAAGAGUUAAAGAAUGCCCACAUGGAGACCAUGGCAAAACUGGAAAGUAUGUAUCAGAACAAGCUGUAUUUAAAAGGAAUACAAGCCCUGGAUAAGAGAAAUGACACCUCUCCAAAGUGCUGUAGACUCAGACUUGAGCGAUCCCUCGGCCCCAAGCGCAUCGGAUGCAUCUGAUGAAGAAUUAGCGUUUGAGGAGAAUGGCAGCAAAGCUGGAUCAUCCUCAUUUGCUAAACAGCAGAUUGAAAAAAUGUGGGAUGGGUUCUGCCUGGAAGACUACAUCUCCCGUGCCAAGCACAGCCUGCCCAGCUCACCAGCCUGCAGGAAAGUGCACAAGAAAGAGAAAGAGAAAGCGUGGUCCCCCAGAGUCACCGUGCCCAAGCCCUUCCAGAUGACUAUCAGAGAAGCUCAGAAGAAAGAGCAGAACGUCAAAUCCAAGUCACAGAUUGAGCUGGAAAACCACCUGCUGAAGAAGCAGCUGGAGGAGGAGGCAGAGUGUCAGAAGAAGUUCCGAGCCAACCCCGUGCCCGCCGCCGUGUUCCUGCCGCUGUACCAGGACAUCGUGCGGCGCAGCGAGGAGCGCAGGAGGUCGGUGAGGGAGAGGAGCAGGCUCCAGCUCCUGGCCACACAAAAACCCUUCAAGUUCAUUGAGCGAGAGAGGCAAAGGCGUGAAGCCAGGAAAAUGCAGUUAAAAGACCUUUCCCCACCUGAAAAUAAAAUCAAAGUGUUCAGAGCGAAACCAGUCCCCAAGUGUGUUUAUAGUGCAGAUUUCCAUGACAAGGUGAAGGAGGAGGAGCUCUGCAGGGAAAUCAGGAUCAGGAUGAGAGCUGAGGAGCUGCUGCGAAAUUCAUCCGUACCCAACAGCAGACUGGCCUUAAAAGGGACCAACAAAAAGAAGAAACACAGGAGCACUGAGCCAAAGCAAAUGGAGCACAAGGUCAGGAUCAAAUCAAGCGUUCCCGAUUUUGAACUCCUACAUGAGAAAUUCCAGAAACGCCUUCUGCAACAAAAAAAAGUGAAACCCCUCACGGUCUGUGAGCCUUUUGACCUUUGUACUUCUUACAUCCCUUCAAAAAAGGACAAGAUCUUGAAGGACAUGCAAGAGGAUGAGGAGAAAUUGAAGGAAACUCGGUGGCCAUUUGCCUCUCCAAGAAGGAAGCCUCAGUCAGGGGCAAAGCCUCAUCUGGGAGAGGGAAAAUCCAAACCUCCCAGAACCACAGAAUCCACCAGACGACGGCUGCAAGCCCUGAGGAACAAUGAGAGGCAAAGAAGGCAGGAAUACUUGCAAGAACUGCAAGAAAUGGAAGAAAGAGUGAAACAAAUGCCAUUGCUUUUUGAAAGAGUCACUCAGAAAAAUGCCAGAAUAGCUGCAGAAAAGUAUUAUUCAAACAGGCUGAGAGCACUGGGGAUCUGCCCAGAGUUUGUUUCAAAGAAAGGAGGAGCAGCCAAAUCUCUGCAUUUCUCCACUGCUGGGGAUUUCACCUCCACUGCUGGCAGAGCAAGAAUCACCAAGGUUAAAGUGAGAAAAAUUCAAUUCUUGGAGGAAGCAGCUGCUGACAGUCCCCAUUCUGAGCAGUCCUGGGAGGAGGAGGAGAAGGGAAAAGGUGUCAAAACCUCCACCCCAGAUGGGCAGUGCAGUGACCUGGAGGAUGGGGCUGGCCUUGGGCCUGGAUCCGGCCAGCACAGGGACCAGGGGGAGGAGGAGGAGGAGGAAGGCAAGGCAGACCUUUCACUUGGCCAUUCCCAGGAGGAAGAGGAGGAGGAAGAGGAAGCAAAGGCAGAUCCAUCGCUUAGUCAUUCCCAGGAGGAGGAGGAAGAAGCAGAAGCAGGUCCAUCUCUGGACCAUUCCCAGGAGGAGGAAGAGGAGGAGGAGGAAGCCAAGGCAGGCCCAUCCUGUGGCCAUUCCCAGGAGGAGGAAGAGGAGGAGGAGGAAGCCAAGGCAGGCCCAUCCCAUGGCCAUUCCCAGGAGGAGGAAGAGGAGGAGGAGGAAGCCAAGGCAGGCCCAUCCCGUGGCCAUUCCCAGGAGGAGGAGGAAGAAGAGGAGGAUGAGUCCAGCCCCAGGUCUGAUGGCUCCCGUGAAGAGGAAGCUCAGUCUGACCCUGAAGCUGAGGGUGCUUUCCAGUAUGAGGAUGAGGAGUAUGAGAGUGAUGACUCUGAGGAGAAGGCCAGUGAUGAGGAAGGGCACUGAGAAAGGGCUGGGGCUCAGGAGCCUCUCUCACUGCUGGCUGUGCUUUUUGAAGCACUUUGUGUAUUUUCAAUAUUGCUUCCUCUGGGAACCAUCCCCUCCUGCCCAUGGUUAUCACAACACCAAGCAGGUUAUGUUCUCUUUUCCUUUGAGGAAGAAAUUAUUACAUCAUUACCUUUUACAGCUGCUCCAGAUGAAGAGAAUAACAAAAGAAUUCAAAUUCUUGAAGCAAAUGUUUAAAGCCAUCCCUGGUUUGGAAUUCUGGUCUCAUGUAGAAUCCUCAAUUGCAGCAAGGAAAACAUUUGCCUGAGUUUGGCACAUAACAGGCACUCUAAAGAUCAAGGUAUAUUAUUAAAUAUUGUAUCUCACACCAGAGGAAAACUUGGUGCUUUGCUACACAUCCAAAAUUCUGUGAAUUUGUACCUCUUAGUUUAGGAGUCCUGCCAGUGCAGGAAUUCUGUUUGUUUUCCAGUCAGAAAGCUCAAGUUGCUCUUUUUCACCAAGAAAAUAAUUUAUUUUAUAUUACUGCUCUUUGUUGCACUCUUCAGUGACAUUGGUGCACCUGUGUUCCCAAAGUGAGCUGCAGCCUCACUGUUUAAUAAUAAAUUACACAAUAAUUUAAUAAUAAAUUACAGGGUGCUGAGUAACUGCUGAGGCUCCAAUCCAGCCAAGGCAGGGCAGGUUUUGGAGCAGGAAUUGCCAUUUUGCCCCUGCAAAAGGGGAAUCUUUUUACCUCAGGGAGCUCCAGUUGUAUGAAGCUGAGCAAGGGAGUGCUUUAAUAGCUCUUCUUACACACUGGCUACUCAGGACUUCAGCUAAUGCACAAAAAACUCUCCAAAAAUGUUUAGGAUUUAUUUUUUUCUUGUAUCAGUACUCCCUUCCCCUACUCUUGACUUUCUUGCUAAAAAAUAUGUCAUCCUUUUUCCCCCCUUGUUUUGUUACACACUUUCUCUGAGUUUGGAAGUUUUUUAAGCAUUCUUACUUUUAUUUGUUUUUAAAGUGUGAACAUAACUAAUGUGAAUUUGAAACAUUUUUAAAACUUGAAUAAAAUAUCUGUGAAAUUAUUAA